UAUUUGAAACCUGACGCAUGCUCAACCCAAUAGUUUUUAUUAGGGUUUAAGCCCUGUUCUUUCAAUUUUGCACCUUAUAGACUUCUCUCUUUCUCUAAUAAAACCUUGUUUUUGCUUCUGUACUUUUACACAAAAAACCAUGGCGACAAAUUUAGCUUCUCAGUUAGCAGCAAUUAGGUCUGCAAUACAAACCGAUACCGAGUCCCAAAAACGACCUAUCGUUCGUCCUUCCAUUCUGUUUGAUCCUAAAGAAGCUGCCGAUAUUGAUAUUGAUACUAUUUUCAACAUUGCCAUUUCAGGUAUAGAAGUUCUUAUAGCUCUUGAUGAACGCUUUAGAAACUAUAGAAACGAUCUGUUUAGUGAUAAAAGUAAAGAAUUGAAUAGAGAAUUAAUGACUCAAGAGGAGAACAGCCGUAUCAAUGCAACCAUUGGUUCUUACUUAAGGUUACUAUCUGGUCAUCUUCAGUUACCUGCUGCUCACAGAACACUUGAGUAUUUGAUUCGCAGAUACAAAAUACAUGUUUACAAUGUUGAGGAUUUGAUUCUAUGUGCCUUGCCUUAUCAUGAUACACAUGCUUUUGUUCGGAUAGUUCAAAUAAUUGACACAAGAAAUAGUAAAUGGACAUUUUUGGAGGGUGUUAAAAACUCUGGUGCGCCACCUCCCAGAAGUGUUGUUGUGCAGCAGUGUAUUCGUGAUAUGGGAGUUUUGGAGGCUCUGUGCAAUUAUGCAUCUCCGAUAAAGAAGCUUCAACCAUCAAGACCUGUAAUCAGCUUUUGCACGGCAGUUGUUAUUGAAAUUUUGGGUUCUAUACCUGUUGUUAAUAGUGAUAUUGUAAAAAGAAUCCUUCCGUUUGUAGUUUCUGGACUUCAGCCUACCCCCAAAGGGGGCUUAGAUCACAAGGCUGGUGCUUUAAUGAUUGUUGCUUUGUUAGCAAAUAAAGUUUCACUGGCUCCUAAGCUUGUCAAAAGUUUGAUUCGGUCAAUUUCUGAGUUGGCUCGAGAAGAUGCAAAAGAGCUGACUGAUCUGCAAUGGCUUCGUUUAUCAGUCAUGGCUUUAGUUAACCUUGUUCAGUUGCAAUCCAUUGAUGCGUUUCCAAAGAAAGCUUUGGAGUUUUUGAAGGAUACUAGGGAUAUUGCUGGGGUUCUUUUAGAACUCUCUAAGGAGUUCAAUAUUGACAAAUUCCUUUCUGUGCUUUUGGAAUCUCUCGUUGACUACAGUUGUUCUGAUGAUGCAAGUUGUUGUGCUUUGAUAUCCGUAAUCGAGACUGUUCCAAUAAAGAAUUAUGUUGAACAUGUGGUCUCGAGGGUCCUCUUGUCUUGCAUAAAAUUGACACAGAGAAAUGACCACUCAACACCAUCUGAAUCAGGAAACUGGGCAAAGAAGAUUUUAAUGGUUAUUAAUAAGAAUUAUUCUUCUGAACUUCAUCAAGCAGUUCGCAAGUUCUUGGAGGACUCCGAAACCCAAUCCAAGAAAAAGGGUGCUGUAUUUGAAACUUUAUAUAAGAUGUUGGAUGGGAACUUGGACUUGGCUACAUCAGAUUCAAAAAUUUGGUUUUCUCUGCAUCAUCCAAGGGCUGAAGUUCGGCGUGCUGCGCUGUCUGGUUUAAAGGCAUCUGGCUUUCUGAUUACCUCGGAUGUUGUUUCUGAGAGGUUUGGAACUAUUCGAGAUGCGAUUUUGUGCCAGCUUCAUGAUAAUGAUUUAACGGUUGUUCAAGCAGUUUUAGCUCUUGAGGGAUUAUCGGAAAUAAUAAGAGCUUCUGAUCUUCUUGAAAUGUUGGAUAAUUUACUUAAUAGAUGGGCUACCACCCAAAAAUCAAACUCUUCAGAAAAAUCUACUCUGGCUGGUGAUGUGGCGGUCUCAGUCCUGAAGAUUGCCAUCUCAAGCUUCCAAGGCCAGGCUGACUAUUCAAAAGAACUUGCUGCCAGGAUGUUUCCUUUACUCCUCAUGUUGCAUAAGACACGGAAGCUGAAUUGGAAGGUUUUGGAGUUAGCAAAGAAAAUGAACUGGCCAUUGUACCACAAUCUCAAUUAUAUCUCCACUGAAGAAAUGGAAUUACCACGUGAAGAAGUAUCUGCAGUCAAUAUGAAAAUUAUUAGCAGCCUGGCAGAAACAUUCACAGUGCACCCUGAUGAAUAUACUUCUUGGUUUACCAAGAGCUGCAAUAACUUUAGUCUGUCAAAGACUCUUUUCUUCUUGGUUGUGAUGCAGUCAAUUCUAAAUCGGGAGAAUGACAGUGGGCAAUUUUUGGCACUUUUUGAAGCUUGCUUCCCUGUUUUAAAAGCUGAGUGGCAAGUUCUUGAGUCUGCCGCUGAUGUUUCUGAGAACGAGUUCAAUAAGGAGAUGAUACACUGGGAUUGUCGAAAAUUCCUAGAUCAGCUAGCUGAUAAUGAUGUCAAUGCGUUAAACAGAGACAUUCUAAUUUGCGCCUUUUGGAGGUUACUGGAGGCAGUUGUUUCAGUAGCAGCUGCAGAUAUCUUGCUGGAUGAUAAUGGGCAGUGGGUAACCUGCAGACUUAGGGAUUUAUUUUCCUUCUUCGCAACCUCACAGUUGAAACAUGUUUUCAAGGAACAUCUUCACUACCUUGUAACAAAAUGCAACAUCUCUCCUGUUGAUUUUCUAUCUGGUUUUUUCACAAAUGAAGGUGUUCCUGUUGCUGUCCAAGUGGAAAGUCUUCACUGUCUUGCGUAUCUUUGUGUGGAGCCUGAUGAUAGAUUGCUGUUUCAACUUCUAGCCAAUUUCCCUUCUCUUCUUGUUCCACUUGCCUGUGAUAGCCAGGAUAUAAGAAUUGCUACCAUGGGCUGCAUUGAAGGACUCUAUGCGCUAUCGCGCCGCGUUGACUACUUAAGCAAGAAGAAUGGCAACAAUGCAAGUUGGAGUCAUUUUCUCGAUGAACUUUUAGGCCUAAUUGUCCAACAAAAGAGGGUGAUAUUAUCGGACAAGAACUUUCUACCUUCAUUAAUGACUUCCUUGCUUGGUUCAUCUUGUGUUAGUCUUCUAGUGCCAAGAAAUGUUGAACAGAGAUUUGAUCAAUCUACGAAGGAAAAGACUCUUGCUUUCAUCUUAGGUCAUGCUCUUCAACUUUCUGCAUUUGCGAAGCUAAUGAUUAUGUCUUUGCUCAAAGGACUGGGGAAUGCAAUAAUGUGUGUUAAAGAUGUUGAAACGUUUUUGGCUCAACUUUUGAAAAGACGAGGACAAUUUUAUUUUGAAGGAGAUAAGUCAUUCCAGAAACUGUCUGAAACUGAAGUCAAGAUCUUGUGUCUUUUACUGGAGUUCUGUGAUAUGCUUCCUUCAUCAUUUAAUGGACGUGCUGUUGAAGAUUAUUUAUUAAGGGCUUUGCAAUUGGAUGGGCUAUCUUCCGAAGAAUCUGCUGUUGCAGAACCUUGUGUAACUGUCCUGCAGAAGUUAAGUGGGCAAUUUUAUAGUGGUUUGUCAACUGAGAAACAGGGGCUUCUUUUUCGCGAGCUUGUGGUUUUAUUCCGGAAUGCUAAUGGUGAUAUACAAAAUGCAACUAGAGAGGCCUUGCUGCGCUUUAAUAUUACUUGCUAUACAGUAGUUCAGGCACUUGAAUUUAUACUCAAUCAGGAUAGUCUAAAAAAUGGUUCAGCAUACGGGAAGAAGAAAAAGAAAUCAAUAGCUUAUCAAACAUCAAAAUUGGAUAUUGAUGUUGUUUGUAAAGGAGAAACUGCAGUACAUAUGCUGAGCUCCCUGCUUGACAUAUUGAUGCUGAAGAAAGAUAUGGCUAACAGGGAAUCUCUUAUUGGGCCCUUGUUUGAGCUUCUUGGUAAAAUAUCUCAGAAUGAGUGGGUAGUUGCCCAAGAUGAAAAGGGAAUCCAAGCUUCAUCUGGCACUUCCGAGAGCAUUUCUACUACAAUGUUUUAUAUUCAACAGGAAAUUUUAUCAAUACUCGAACAUAUUAUUGCUUCAUCUAUAAAUGCAGUUCCGCUAAAGGAUGAGAUAACAAAUAAAAUUGACAUCAAAAUGUUGGUGGAGUGUGCACAUUCUGCGAAGGAUGGAGUCACACGCAACCAUGUUUUUUCACUGUUAUCUUCAAUUGCAAAGGUCAUUCCAGACAAGAUAAUGGAGCAUAUAUUGGAUAUACUUAUGGUUAUUGGAGAAUCAACUGUCAUUCAGAUUGACAGCUACUCACAGCAUGUGUCUGAGGAGCUUAUAUCUACAGUUGUUCCCUGUUGGCUGGCUAAGAGGAACAACACAGAGAAAUUGCUCCAGAUUUUUGUGAAUUUAUUGCCCGCCGUUGCUGAACAUAGGAGGCUGUCAAUUAUGGUAUACCUGUUAAGGACAUUGGGAGAACGUAACAGCUUGGCUUCAUUGCUUGUCCUCCUUCUCCGGUCCUUAAUUUCAAGAAAAGGAUCGUCUUACCUUGAUGAUACACAGAUUUUAGACAGUCUUAUGUCUUCUGUAAAGAGAGAGUGGGAGUAUGCCUUUGCUGUGCAGAUAUGCGAGCAAUACUCGUGCAUGAUAUGGCUUCCAUCUGCUGUUUUGCUGCUUCAACUUAUAGGAAAUGGCCAUGUGUGCCGAGAACUGUUUAUGGAAUUGCUAUUUGCAUUGGAUUUCAUUUUACAUAAAUUGCAAGAUCCAGAGUUAACGUUCAAGCUUGAAUCAGGCGAAAGUUCUGAUAGCAUCCAGGCAGCUCUUCAAGAACUCAUGGAGCAUGCUGUUUCUCUUUUACAUCUUAUCGACAAGAGAAGAAAGCAAAUAAGUAUUCCUGUUAUAAUGAGAAAAGAACUAAGAGUCUCUAUACAUGCUGUCUUGAGAACUGUCACAGCAGUUAUGAACCCUGCAGCAUACUUCAGAGGGAUAAUCAGUUUGCUUGGACAUUCAGAUGGAGAUGUGCAAAAGAAGGCUCUUGGGCUUCUUUGUGAGACAUUAAGGGAUCAUGAGUCAAAUAAAACAAAGCACAAGGGAAGAAAAGAACUGAAUGCAAAUUCAAGUACUGGUUGGCUCCAUAUGGAUGAGAAUUUACUCGAGUCUUUUCAUAAGAUGUGUUUGGAAAUUGUUGGGUUAGUUGAUGAUGUGAAGAAUGAAGUAGAUACUUCGUUGAAACUUUCAGCAAUUUCUACCCUGGAAGUUUUAGCGCACAGCUUUUCUUCUGAUUAUUCUAUCCUCAGUAUGUGCUUUCCAUCUAUUACAAGAGGCAUUAGCUCGCCCAAUUUGGCCAUUUCUUCUAGCUGCCUUCGCACUGCUGGUGCUUUAGUUAAUGUGCUUGGACCAAGAGCAUUAUCCGAGCUUCCUAGAAUUAUGAAAAAUUUGAUUAAGAUAUCUCAUGAAAUCCCUUCUCGGAGUGGCAAUGAUGACACCUCUCCUGCACUAUCAACUUCAAAAGAAUCAUUUAUGCAGUCUGUUCUUGUCACCCUGGAGGCGGUUGUGGACAAGCUUGGUGGUUUCUUACAUCCAUAUCUUGAAGAGGUUAUAGGACUAGUAGUGCUUGGUGUCGAGUAUACAACAGAAUCCAAGCCAAAGCUAAAACUGAAAGCUGAUGUAGUACGAAGGCUCCUUACUGAGAAAAUCCCUGUUCGACUUGCUCUGCCGCCUUUGCUGGCGAUAUAUUCUGAUGCAGUGAAGUCUGGGGAUUCAAGUGUGUCAAUUACUUUUAAAAUGCUAGUGGGCAUAAUUGGUCAGAUGGAUAGAUCAUCUGUUGGUGGUCACCAUGAAAAGAUUUUUGACCUCUGCUUGCGUGCUCUUGAUCUUCGUCGUCAACAUCCUGUUUCAAUUCAGAACAUUGAUAUUGUUGAAAAAAGUGUCAUUGAUGCUAUGAUUUCAUUGACUAUGAAACUCACCGAAUCUAUGUUCAAGCCUCUUUUUAUUAGUAGUGUUGAUUGGGCAGAGUCGCAUGUUGAAGAAAUUGAUAAUGAGGGUGGUGCAUCUGUGGAUAGAUCCAUUGCCUUAUAUGGUCUGGUGAACAAGCUUGCUGAGAAUCAUAGGUCCCUUUUUGUCCCUUACUUCAAGUAUUUGCUUGAGGGUUGUGUACAACAUCUCUUGGAUGCUGUCGAUGCAAAAAAUGCUGGUUUAACUCAAAAGAAAAAGAAAGCCAAAAUUCAGGAAGCAGGAAUGGAUGUAAACGGAAAAACCAGUCUGUUAUCACUUAAAACUUGGCAUCUAAGGGCGUCAGUUAUAUCAGCUUUACAUAAAUGUUUUCUGUAUGAUACUGGAAGUCUGAAAUUUCUGGACUCGUCAAAUUUUCAGGUUCUGUUGAAACCCAUAGUCUCACAGCUAGUUGUGGAGCCACCAACUUCUCUAGGAGAGCAUCCAGGCAGACCAUCUAUUGAGGAAGUUGAUGACUUAUUGGUUGUUUGUAUUGGUCAAAUGGCUGUUACUGCAGGAACUGACCUUCUGUGGAAGCCCCUGAACCAUGAGGUAUUAUUGCAAACUCGAAGCGAGAAGUUGCGGUCUCGGAUUUUAGGAUUGAGAAUUGUUAAAUAUCUUCUGGAUAAUCUGAAAGAAGAGUACCUAGUAUUUUUGCCUGAAACCAUCCCCUUCCUGGGUGAACUACUCGAGGACAUGGAGCUGCCUGUUAAAUCUCUAGCACAGGAUAUUCUCAAAGAGAUGGAAUCAAUGAGUGGUGAAAGUCUUCGUCAAUACCUCCAGUGAUUCUGAAUGCGUGGUGUGUCCAUUUUUUUAGAUUGGGGCACUUGUGUGGGUUAAACAGAGAUAGUCAAUGCCAAGCUAAUGUAUGUAAUUGUAAUGUUAUAUUUAUUAGAGUUAGGUCACAACCAACAAGCUGAAGCUUAUUAGUCGGUUUUUGAAAGGUUAGGAUGUGGGGAAAAGCUAUGGCUUUAAGCAUGUGAUAAAACUAUGUUCUGUAUCAAGCAAUGGCUUACAAGCUUCUCUUAGUUUUGUAAUACAUUCAGCAGUUUCUAAUAGAUCAAUUUUGUUUC